AUGGAGCAAGAAACGAAAGUUUGGAUCAUCCUUGGGGCCGUCGUAGGCACCCUCGUUCUGACGGCCGUUGCCGUCGCCCUUCUCUUCUUCUGGAAGAGAUCUCAAAGAAGGAUGCGAGGCUUCUCUCUGCGAGCAGUCACACCACUCGACGACGCCGAGUUUGAGUCAUGGAGACGACCCAGCCAAUAUACCCAACGACCGGAAAAGUACGGCAUUCGACCAGCUGUCUUACGAGAGCAUAUAUCUCCCAGAGUCACUACCAUGUUCGAGAAAGAGCUCAGCACAUACGAGUUUCCUCCACGAACACCAUCAUUAACCGACAUGGCUUCAUUAAAGUCACCCACCAGCUCAAUACGAAAGCCCGAGCGUGCACGGAGGAAGUCCAGUGUAGCUUCGUCCAUUGCCGACCGACCCCCAACACCCUACUCUCCGACUUCCCCAAGCGGCGAGUUCAACCGGGGCUCCACAUCUUCACAUCGAUCCCAACCUCUAAUACAUUACCCAUCAGUGGAUGAAACAUCUGCUUUCCGAUUCAACUUCGACUCAGAGUACGGCACCCAACAAAAGGGUGCUGAACGCUGGAUCUGA